AGCCCGGCAUUCAUUACAAGAAAGCGAUACGAGAAACACACUAGUGCUCUAGCGCUGCGACGUUACAUUGCUCUAUUAUUCUUCAAGCGAUACAAACUCGUGAUUUAAAGUACAAAAUGUCUCUGUUACCAUUCGUGUUGGGUUACGAACGUCCUCACCGUCUCAUCGAUCAGGACUUCGGUUUGUCUUUGACUCCCGACGAUCUACUGACUGUUGCCGUGUCUCCACUACUAUCACGAGACUACUACAGACCCUGGCGUCAGAUGGCGGCUGCUGCGAGGGACGUCGGAUCCACCAUCAAGUCGGACAAAGAUAAAUUCCAAGUCAACUUGGACGUGCAGCAUUUCAAACCUGAGGAAAUAACUGUGAAGACUGCAGACGGUUACAUAGUCGUGGAAGGAAAACACGAAGAAAAGAAAGAUGAACACGGCUUUAUAUCCCGCCAGUUCACUAGACGAUACGCACUCCCGGAAGGUUGUAAUCCAGACACAGUAGAGUCACGGCUGUCUUCAGAUGGAGUGCUGAGUGUUAUUGCUCCGAAAGUGCCAUCAGUAUCGAAGAAUGAACGAAGCGUCCCCAUCGCCCAGACCGGACCCGUGAGGAAGGAGAUCAAGGAUCAGAAUAUGAAAGAGCAAGACAAAAACGAAGAGUAACUGCCAGAAAACGGGAUCAAUUAGUUACGUUUAUGUACGUUACGUUUGAUUUUUCUAAUCCUAUUUUGAGAAGACUGAUUUCCAUGAAUUAAUUUUACUUUAUAAUUUUGUACAGAAGAACUUAUAUAUUAUAAAUAUACUGUAAGAAUAAAUUAAUAUAUCUGUUUUACGUG